GAAGGUAACAUUUUGAACUGCGUAUUAUUUCUUCAUUGUUGAAACGGAACGCAGUCUUAUAAAAAUGGCCUCGCUUUUGAAUGUUUUGCUGCGAAAAUCUAAUAAUUUAGGCUCAAAUUUAGCCCUACUAAAGAACUUACCGGCUGUUUACAAUGUGAACUCCCAACGCAACGGCUCGAGAUGGAUGCCCGAUGUAGAGUACGUCAAGCAGUUUGAGGGUGCAGUCAUGUACCCGGACGAGAUCACCAGCCUCAUAAAACAUCCACCUUAUUCGGGUCUGAUCACCCCGUCUGAGAAACAGGUCCGCAACAUGGUGCUCAACUUCGGGCCGCAGCACCCGGCCGCCCACGGGGUGCUUCGGUUGGUGCUCGAGCUUGACGGAGAGACAGUUCGUGCAGCGGACCCCCACAUUGGACUUCUUCACCGAGGCACGGAGAAGCUCAUUGAAUACAAGACAUAUACUCAAGCCUUACCAUACUUCGACCGCUUGGACUAUGUGUCCAUGAUGUGCAAUGAACAAUGCUACAGCUUGGCUGUGGAGAAACUGCUCAAUAUCGACGUCCCGUUACGGGCUAAGUAUAUUAGGACCCUGUUCGCGGAGAUCACACGCAUCCUCAACCACAUAAUGGCGGUGGGCACCCACGCCCUGGACGUGGGCGCGCUCACGCCCUUCUUCUGGCUGUUCGAGGAGCGCGAGAAGAUGAUGGAGUUCUACGAGCGAGUCAGCGGCGCCAGGAUGCACGCCGCCUACAUACGACCUGGAGGUGUCGCGCUGGAUAUGCCUCUAGGGUUAAUGGACGACAUAUACGAGUUCGCGUCCAAGUUCGCCGAGCGGCUCGACGAGGUGGAAGAUGUGCUGACCACCAACCGCAUCUGGGUGCAGCGAACCAAGGACAUUGGGGUGGUCUCCGCUGAAGACGCUCUCAACUACGGAUUCAGUGGCGUGAUGCUCCGCGGGUCUGGCAUCAAGUGGGACCUGCGCAAGUCGCAGCCCUACGACGCGUACGAACACGUCGACUUCGACGUGCCCAUCGGGACCAACGGCGACUGCUACGACAGGUACUUAUGUCGCGUGGAAGAAAUGCGCGAGUCCCUCCGCAUUAUCGACCAGUGCCUCAACAAGAUGCCUCCUGGGGAGAUCAAGACGGAUGACAACAAGCUCUGCCCACCCUCUAGGGAGGAGAUGAAGACGUCAAUGGAGGCCCUGAUCCACCACUUCAAGCUGUUCACGCAGGGUUACCAGGUGCCCCCCGGGUCCACCUACACCGCCGUGGAGGCACCCAAGGGGGAGUUCGGGGUCUACCUCGUCAGCGACGGGGGCUCUAAGCCUUACAGAUGCAAAAUCAAGGCGCCAGGCUUCGCUCACCUUGCGGCGCUCGAGAAGAUCGGCAGGAACUCCAUGUUGGCAGACAUUGUCGCCAUCAUAGGGACGCUCGACGUCGUCUUCGGGGAGAUCGAUCGAUAGACACACACAUUCACACCGCGGUGAACGGAAGCAAACAUGGAAACAGUCUUAAACACACAUAAUAACGGGUUCUUCGUCAUCGUCAUUGGCCUUAUACGUCUGUUUCAGACGAUUUAUGACGUCUUUCCCUCGAAGAAAUGCACUUUCCUUCACGGCUGUGCAAGCCAAUCCUAGAGCGGCAAACUCUACCACACACUAAACGCGUAUCGGUUCUUACCGCGUUUAAAUCAGGGAUAUGAGACUCCCGAUAUUUCGACACUGUUGCAAGUGCCAUGAUCACGGGAUGACUGAUGAGAUUGGAGUGGAGUAGGUAGAUCCAUAAUUUUCUACGGGCAGACAUCUGUCGUGAUCAUGGCACUUGCAACAGUGUCGAAAUAUCAGGAGUCUCAUAUCCCUGAUUUAAACGCGGUAAGAACCCGUUAUUAUGUGUUUUAAUUAUGAUAAUGGCCUCCAUACUCCCUGCACUUGAUUAUUGACGACAAAAUUCACACAAGGCAUGAGACUGCCCUCAAGACCAUGCUCAAGUCCCUGUUUUUAUAUAAGAACUGUCACAUUGACAUGAUCUUGAGGGCAGUCUCGAAGCUGAGAUUAGUUUAUUAAUACCACUCAAGUACGGCUUUGAAAUAGACUACUCUGGGCGCCAUCCCACUCGCGUCAGACAGAGUACUGCGGGGCGGAAGGCAAGAGGGACACCACUGCCCUAUUUCUCCCUAAAACAGUAGCAUGGAGAAUGCUCCACCGACAAGAGCGUGGCUCUUAAAUUAGUGAUGACCACAGCAAUAAAGGUAAUGUAAGCCACAAGAAUGCUUCCAUGUAUAUUUCCGUUCAACGCUUACACCUACAAAAGUGACAAGGACCUUUCGGCACGGAGCCCUAAUCGGAACUACCAUCCUAUAUAAAAAGAAAAAAGACAUUAUUGACAGUUGUCAUAAAAUUCAACGUGCAACAGGGUCCUUGUCAAUCUCAGGGUCUGCACGAGUUGCAAAUACGGACGCCUGCGAUAUGUGUCGCGCCGCGCGCGAUAACGUCACCAUGCAGACCCCGCAGGGUCCGCUUAUGCUAUUCAUAGUAUGACAACAGGCAAAAACUUCCAAUAUAUUAUCAUAUAACUAUCUAAUAUAAUUGGAUAAUUGACGGAAUAUAAUAAACAUUAGAAAUAUUAAUAAAUUCUCACCCUCGACCCCUUAUGGGGGUGAAUAAUGAGAAAAAUAUCAGACGGUUGCUUACAGCCACUUUUGAUAUUGAAUCCAAAAAUGGAUUCGUUGAAUUAUAUCCUAAAUUAACAACAAAAUCGCGGGGAAAAACACAUACAUACACAAGACCACGCUUAUUUCCCUUUGGGGUAGGCAGAGCCCACGGAAUUCACAUACAUAACAUACAUAAACUCACGCCCGUAAUCCCUAAUGGGGUGCGCAGAGCCACAAGUUAUCAAAGACAACUUGCAACCACUGUUGAUACGAUGUCGUAAGCUGGAUAUGAUGAACCUUAUGGUGAUAAGGGAUCAGCCUAUCGCCCAUAACAUUAGUCCAUCAUGUUAAGAGGACACAAACGGAAUUCCUGUUAGUUUAUUAUAUUUCUUCAAUUUUUUAUAAUAUUAUUGAAAUUGCAAAACCCUGUUACCAUCAAAUUCCGGUUAGAGUAAGUACUAGAAAUCAAUGUAGAUCAAGUGUACAUUAAAGUUUAUAAUUUUUAAGUUAAGCAAUAAAUUAUUGUUGAAAUCCUA